UUUAAAACAGCUGUUUCCAAAAUGUACCUUUUCUCUCAUCCAACUUUCAAAUUUAACCAAAAAUAAAAACAUUUAAUUUCAAUUUAACAUUUUAUCACAAAAAUAAUAAAUAUAAUGAGUUUCUUAAGACAUAGUUCGCGUUUAGUAAUUGCCGCCUUGAUCCCUUUAGGCGAAAAAGAAAAUGACAUCAUCUCAAAAGACACCAAAACUUACAAAGCCUUUUUGGAGCGUCGACCAACAAAUGAAACCGGCUUGGAUCGUGUUAAAGAAAUGUUUAAAGUUGAUGAAUUUGGAACAAUAUCACCUGAAUUAAACUCCGUGUACCAAGCUGGCUUUUGUGGUUUCCUCUUCGGUGCCAUUUAUGGAGGAUUCAUCAACUCCCGUACAGCAUAUGAAGAUUUCAUGAAUAACAAUCAAGCUUCUGCUUUUAAAUCACAUUUAGAUGCUAAGAGAAAACUACAAAACGAAUUCACUGUAAGUUUUGCCAAAGGAGCCUUCAAAUGGGGAUGGCGAGUUAGUCUAUUCACAACUUCAUAUUUUGGAAUCAUCACCUUGAUCUCGGUGUACAGAGAAAAAUCAUCAAUUUAUGAAUACCUCGCUGCUGGAGGUAUCACAGGUAGUCUUUAUAAAGUCAAUAUGGGUCUAAGAGGAAUGACUGCUGGCGGUAUAAUUGGAGCCGGUUUAGGCGGAAUUGCUGGCCUUGCUUCCUUAGGUGUUCUUAAACUAUCAGGCUAUUCAAUGGAAGAAAUGCGUUAUUGGCAAUACAAAUGGCGUUUGGAACGCGAUGAAAAUAUUCGAGAAGCCUAUAUAAACCAACAAGAAGAUAAAAAUCCAGUUGUCAUUCAUCACGAUGCUAAACUUGGUGAAGCUGGACAAACUAUUUCACUUGAUUCCGUGAAUUAAAAGACAGGGAU